AGCUAUUAGUACUUUGUGCUUUACGCCGAGGAGGGUCAAAGCCAUCAUUGGGCCAGCUAGCCAAUUUGUAGAGCAACGCAAGAGCGACGUUCAUGGCCCGAGUUUUACCUUCAUCGCUGACCCCGCACAUAUGCAUAAUCCCUUCCCCAGACCUUGAAGACCUUCUCCAGUCUUCUUCUCUACCUUCUCUGCCUCAUAUUUUACAGUCAUUUUCCCCCUUACCACAAGUCACAACCCGUACGACUGCUUUGACCACAGUCCCCCAUGCAUGCUUUGCUCUUCGUUUUUCUGACUUAGCAGAAAUCGAGGCCGCGUGUCGUGAGGAUGAGGAACAACGCGCCACCCGAACUAUUGACUGGAUCGGUGACCGUAUCAGCAAACGCUGCACGAAAUGGGUAGAUGAUUUCGAGAAGAUCCACGAUCGAGAUAUUGCAAGAACCCCUUGGUGGGAUGAAUUAAGACGUUGUGCCGAAGGUGAUCACGUUCCAGCUAGAGAUGAGGGGUGGAAUCAUCCAAUGUCAAUUAUAUUAGCAGUCUCUACUACCGCACCAAACCCUUUGCAGGCAAUCACUGCCCUACAUUCCCGCACAUUAGACUUUCCAUCAUGGGUAGACGUCACACAUCUCAUUUUCACCCUAAUCAUUCAUCCAAAGGACUCUCCACUUUCUGAUGAAGAAGCAGGCGCCCUCUUCAAUGCUGUUAAGAAACAGUAUGGUCUACAUACUUACCUUCUUUCUCUUGAGCUUUCAUCCCCUCCGCCACCCCCCGUGUCCAUUCCAGCACUCGUUCCUCGACUACCCCCAUCUACUAUUCUCAAUGGUUCGGUCGAUGGCGCACGCCCUGACCCAAAGACCGCACAAACAGUCCCAUUGAACACUCUCAGGAUGUCUGAACAAGACAUCUCACAAACCGCCAGAUUUACACGAGAAUUCGUGACAAUGAACUUGGUUCCAUGGAUGGAGAAAUGUGUUAUAGAAUGGAACGAGGCCUAUUCCUCGAGCCGAAGACUACCAUCACGCUUGUUUACAUCAACACGUCGACUUUUUGGCACUUCAUCCUCACCUUCACAAGCCCCUGCACACUCCUCCAGCUCCUCUACUUCUUCUCUGCCCACACGGUCACACACACACAGCGUACCCCAGUCAUCUUCUACGCUGCCUCCUCCACCAUCACAGCAACGACGCUUGGCUGAGUUUGCAACAAUCCUUGGCGACUUCAAACUAGCAGUUUCUGUAUGGGAAUCAUUACGGAAGGAAGGGAAGGGAGGUUCUGAUAUCCUCCCUUUACUUAUCGCUCCCUCGCCAGCCGUACAGCUUCACGUCUCUCAUGCCUUGAAUACUCUCCACCCCCAAAGCAUCGAGCUCCCAUCACAUGCACAAUUACGCGCUUUGUUAUACGCGGUGCGAUGGGAAUCGACCCUCACGAUUAGCGACUUCCUAAGCAAUACUCUCGAGGGUGAGCGAUGGCUUGUCUGGGCUGCGGGCAACGCAGAAGAACCACCAGCAGCUCUCUUGUUGGCUCACGCAGCACUCCUCAGUGUUCGGAAAGAUGCACGACGGCGAGCAGCCCUGUGGUACUUCUUUGCUGCAAAUCGUCUGGAGAAAUGCGGCAUCAAACCACUAACCAUGUAUUUCCUUCGGAGAGCCCAUGAAUUGUCCAUCUCUCGCCCGGAGAGACCCUUGUCGCCAUCAUUUUGGAUUUCUGAAAACAAACAACCAUCAGACUUUCAAGGCUUUGACGCUGUCAUGUCUGGUAUCGAGCACCCACUUGGAAGAUUGCUAUAUACCACAGGUGACGUAUCAGGUGCUAUUCGGUACUUCUUGGGCCUCUUGCGGUGGUCGUCAGCAUCGUCAUCUCCACUCGCACAGCUCUCCAAUCAUACUGUGGACAUCACGAAAGAUCCCGACAACUCGGACAAGGUGUUCCUGGAGGACUUCCAGGUUGCUAUUUCGCACUUGAAGUCGAUAUACGGGGAGCAAGCGCGCUUGGAGGAUCUCAAGCUACCGCUUCGCUUCGUUGUCCCCUCGCAGACCUGCGUUCGAUUAGCACGAGACUCUGUCGAUGGCGAGCAGUCCGAGUGGGAGACUCGGGAAGAAAUAUGGUCAUCCUUCUGGAAGUCUCGAGGGAAGGAGAGGCUUGAACAAAGUGGAAAGGCCGCUGUGGGAGAGGCAUUCUGGGUUGAUAUCACCUUGCGCAAUCCCCUCGAUACGGAGGUCACCUUGGCCAAUCCAACGGUGAUAAUCGAAUCGUCCUCUGGAGAUGCUGCCUGGAUUCGGGAUAAUGUUGUAAUCGAGACCGCGGAGGAUACUGUCCUUUAUGCUAAGGAGUCGCGGAUAAUUUCCAUUGCCAUCAAAUCUUCCAAACCAGCAUCAUUGGCUAUUACGGGCGUUGCUUACGACUUCCUGGGGCUCCUUCCAACAGUGGAGCCACUGGCACGCCGUGGUCGCAGGCUACAGGAGACAGCUCAGCAGAGACAGACAGUCACGUACGCUCCUGACGUGCUCUUGAAGCUCGAUGUGGAAGAGGCAAGCCAAGAGCUCGCUGUGGCCUUCGUGGACGAUGGACAGCUUGUGCUUGCUGAGGGAGAGUGUAAGCGAAUGAAGCUGUGGAUGUCGAAUGCUGGUUCGAGAGAUAUUGGGGAGGUAUGGGUUGUGCCUGGUGCUGAGGAUCAGAUCUGGAUCGAGCCUCUGGAUAGUGCGUCAGUUUCAGCUACGAGCAUGAAAUGGAAAACGUGGCAGUCUGAUAACAUGAUUGUUCCACCAACACCGUACGGUAUACCCCUCGCGGAGAAGCUCGUGGCAGCUAAGAGCACCGAAGUCACGGUUGUUUUCCAUGCAGGUCGUAAGGGGAAACAAGACCUGUCGCUUCUCUUCGUUUAUCGCGAGGCACAAGGUAGCCCAUUCCACUGCACGCGCGUCACGAGGAGUUACGAGGUCGUCCAGUGCCUCCAGAUCUCUACUGCCUCGCACCCAAGUCACUCACGAGAUCACUCAUUCUCGUUAAGUCUGGACCUGGCUAAUAUCUCGUCUUCGAGUUAUGUGGAGAUCAACCAAGUGACAACGAUGAGCGCCAGUUGGUCCUGUUCUCCCCUGGCUGAACUUGAGUCUGAGCCUUUGCGUCCUUCUCAGUCAGCGCGGAUAUCAUUUGGCGCUACUUCCACUGGUGAUUGUACAAGUGUGAAUGCAGUCUCAGCAUUUGUCUCGAGGAAACUGAGCAACGUGCUGCAUGGUCAAGCUAUCGAGCCCGACAGUCCACCACCACUAGAACUCCUCUGCGGACAUGUCUCCCAGACAUUUGCCUACGAACCGUUUGUCGCUCACUUCAUUAUGGAUGCACGACGGAUAGCCGUCUCACACACGCUCGCUCAAUCACACCCCCGAAUACCCGCAUCGUCGUACCCCAGCAUCUUCCCGCUUUACAACCCGCUCUCGGUGGAUUUCGUCAUCUUUUGGAGGAUCCCUUCUGAGCAGCGUUCCGGUCACAUCCUUGUUUCAGAGAUUACUCUAGGCGCAAGCCAUGCUGCGCUUCGAGAAGUGCUCGAGGGGGUGGAGAGCGCCAGAGUCAAGCGAAGCAUGUAUGCUGAGACACAACGGGAGAAGGCGGAGACGCUGCAAGCUAUCCGUGAUAGCGAGUGGAACGCGGAGAUGAACCCGAUCGUUGUGAAUGUGAAGGAUGGUUUGGUGGUUGAGCAUGAUUUCAGCAAGGGGGUUUGUAAAGCUCCUGUGGAGUUUGCGAUUCGCAAUCAUUCCUUGUCGCAUCCGUCGCGCUUUAUCAUUAGACUUGACCCUCGUCAACAUUCGUCAUCGACUCUACUCCCUGCGCCAUACUGUGGCCGGAUGACCUUUAGAGGGCUUCUGGAGCCAUUGCAGUCGACGUCUGUCCUCGCCCAGCUGUGCGCUACUCAUCCAGGAACGUACUCACUGUCAGGCUGGCGGCUAGAGACCGAGGUAGGCGAACCUGGCACAGACAAUGGUUCAUGGCAAGUGAGGCACCGUUACGAGCAGAGUGCGCCUUCAGACGACUCAUCAUCAAUCGUUAUAUCGGAUAUCUCGCAACCAUAA